AUGGCUAGCCCUAAUGUUCUUACCUUUGAUGCUGAGGGGCGUGCGGUUGACUUUGAUGUGUGGGUUGACGACAUGCAGCUCUUUCUUCGGUGUGACUCUAAGGACGGAGUAUCCCUUUUCGAUCACACGUCCGGUGUCUCUCCUGCACCUGCUGCCACUGCUGACAGUACGGUUCGCUCGCAGUGGACCACUCGUGAUGCUGUUGCUCGCCCAGCUGUUCGUAGUCACCUGCCGUCUGCUGAGCGCGCGCACUUUGGCCAGUACAAGACUGCUAAGUCUUUGUAUGACGCUGUCGUAGCGCGCUACUCCUCCCCUGCCACUGCUGCCCUCAGCCGCCUCAUGCUUCCGGGUGUUCCCCUGUCCCCCUUCUCCCCUCUGUUGCUUCUGCUGGUGCUGUCGACCUCGUUGGCACUGAGGAGGUCGGGGCUGCGUCUGCUCCUAGUGGGAGGCGCCGCAACAGCAAGGGCAAGGGGGGCAAGGGUGGUGGAGGGGACGGUGGGGGCGGCGGUGGAGGCGGUGGAGGAGGCGGAGGGGGUGGCGGGUGGAGGUGGGGGUGGUGGUGGGAGUAGGGGCUUCGGUGGCGACGGUGGGGGUGGUGGAGGCAGCGGCAGCGGCGGUGGAGCGGCAGCGGUGGUGGAGGUGGUGGCGGCGGUGGUGCUGGUCGAGUUUCCUGACGAUGUUGAGCUCCCUCGCUGGGGUGAUCUGCUUAAGCAAAAUGUGGCUAUCUUUGAUCUUGAUUUCGAUGCUAUCCUUGCUGCCAUGUAUGCUGUGACUGAUAGUGCUGAGGGUGACUGUUACCUGUGUGUACCGCCCGACCCGGGCAUUGAGGCUGCUGCUCUAGGUGCUAGUGAGUCUGCUGCUCCAGGUGCUGGUGAGUCUGCUCUCUUUGGUACUGCACCUACUGAGGCCUUGCACACUUUCACACUUGACUGCGGUGCUUCGCGCUCUUUCUUUCGCGAUAGCACCACACUCACGCCGCUCAAUCGGCCGGUCGCAGUCUCCCUGGCUGACCCCUCUGGGGGUCCAGUCCUUGCUCACUCCUCCACGGUUUUACCGUGUCCUGCAGCCCCGUCAGGCUUGCUGUCGGGACUCCACCUCCCCUCGUUCUCUACGAACCUGGGCCGGCAGCACGCCGCUCCUCACUCCUCCGAGUUCCCUCCGACAGAGGCUCCCCUGCAGACUCUCCACAUGGACGUGUGGGGCCCAGCCUGUGUCCGUGGACAGGGUCACGAGCGUUACUUCCUACUGGUCGUUGACGACUACUCGUGUUACACCACAGUCUUCCCCUUGCGCCGCAAGGGUGAGGUCACUGAGGUGUUGAUCGACUGGAUCCGCGGUGCCCAUCGCCAGCUCAGCGAGAGUUUCGGCUCGGACCUUCCUGUUCUGCGUCUGCACUCAGACAGAGGUGGUGAGUUUUCCUCCGACCUUCUGAGGGCUUUCUAUCGUGCGGAGGGAAUCCGCCAGACGUUCACGCUUCCGGCCUCCCCACAGCAAAAUGGGAUUGCUGAGCGCCGCAUUGGCAUGGUCGUGGACGUCGCUCGUACGUCCAUGAUCCAUGCGGCUGCUCCCCAUUUUCUGUGGCCGUUCGCGGUUCAGUACUUUGCGCAUCAGAUCAACCUUUAG